GCGGCUAAACUCUCCUGCAGAAGCGCGCUGCGCGUCGACUGGGCAGGUAACGGUUAAGUUCCCCCACGAGAGAGGAGGAAAUAUGUGUCAAAGUGCGACUUGAGCGGCAGCUUAUUCAUGCAAAAAUUAUAAAAUCAUAGGCGUGCCUUUGGGCGAUGGAGCCACAGCCGGAAAGCAAACCCCCUCCUGGAUCACCAGCGACCUUCAAAGACUGCGAUGCGCAGCGCUCGGACGCACUGACAGCGGCGCCGGAGCCGACGUUUUAAAAGCGCACGGAAAGAGAAGAGCAAUUUAGGUCUCGGCUUCUUCUGCGACUCUGGCGACUUGGCUCCACUUCUUCUUGAACACAACCACCAGCUUGAAUGCUGCGCCACCAGGGGCUGUUGCGCAGACUGGAACGCGCUUCCCACACUUUCCCUAUUUACUUUUCGUUUUUGCUUUAAUUUACUUUUUUUUGCGCCAUCGUCAAUUCUUGCGACCCCAAACCAAGGAGCCCAAUGCAAGUGACGUAACAGCCGCCAAACUGCGGAGAAUCUGUGCGUAAAGACGCGACCGUCGCAGGCAGCGAUUCCAUUUUGCGCCGUUUCCACUGAACUCGCGGACUCGUCGUCACCAUGUCAGAGGACGCCAGUGUCUCCGCCACCGGCUGCGUGUCUGACGCGGGAGGCAGCAACGUCAGCGUGCUCAACUGGGAGCAAGUGCAGCGGCUGGACGCGAUCCUGACGGAGACCAUCCCGAUCCACGGCCGGGGCAACUUCCCCACGCUGGAGAUGCAGCCGCGGCAGAUCGUGAAGGUGGUUCGGAGCCGGAUGGAGGAGAAACACAUCCACGUCCGGGACGUUCGGUUAAACGGUUCCGCGGCCAGUCACAUCCUGCACGAGGAUAGCGGACUGGGCUUUAAGGACCUUGACCUCAUAUUUUGCGCAGAUAUGAAAGGUGAAAGUGAUUUCCAGACUGUGAAGGACAUAGUUUUGGACUGUCUCCUGGACUUUUUACCCGACUGUGUGAAUAAAGAGAAAAUAACCCCGUUAACGUUAAAGGAAGCCUAUGUGCAGAAGAUGGUGAAGGUGUGCAACGACUCCGACCGCUGGAGCCUCAUCUCCCUCUCCAACAACCGAGGGAAGAAUGUGGAGCUCAAGUUCGUGGACUCCCUCCGGCGGCAGUUCGAGUUCAGCGUGGACUCCUUCCAGAUCAAGCUGGACUCCCUCCUGCUGUUCUACGAGUGCUCGGAGAACCCCAUGACCGGGACCUUCCACCCCACCAUCGUGGGCGAGAGCGUGUACGGCCACUUCGCCGAGGCCUUGGACCACCUGCGCCACAAGAUCAUCUGCACUCGCAACCCGGAGGAGAUCCGGGGCGGCGGCCUCCUCAAGUACUGCCACCUGCUGGUGAGGGGCUUCCGGGCCGCGUCCGAGUCGGAGAUGAAGUCCCUGCAGCGCUACAUGUGCUCGCGCUUCUUCAUCGACUUCCCCGACAUCGGCGAGCAGCAGCGCAAGCUGGAGUCCUACCUGCAGAACCACUUCGUGGGCCUGGAGGACCGCAAGUACGACUACCUGACCACCCUGCACGGCGUGGUCAACGAGAGCACCGUGUGCCUGAUGGGGCACGAGCGGAGGCAGACGCUGGGCCUCAUCGCCAUGCUGGCGGUGCGGGUGCUGGCCGAGCAGAACGUCAUCCCCAACGUGGCUAACGUCACGUGCUACUACCAGCCCGCGCCCUACGUGGCCGACGGCAACUUCAGCAACUACUACAUAGCGCAGGUUCAGCCGGUGUUCGCCUGCCAGCAGCCCGCGUACUCCACUUGGCUGCCCUGUAACUGAGACGCCCCGAGGGGGGGGGGGGGGGGGGCUUGUUUGAGCAGGAGCCAGUGGUCGAGGUGCCACUUCAUGCCCCACGGAGAAGGAAGGGAGGAAGGAGGGAAGGAGGGAAGGAAGAAAGGAAGGAAGGAAGGAAGGAAGGAAGGAAGGAAGGAAGGAAGGAAGGAAGGAAGAGGAGUCUUCUUUUUUAUGUUUUGCAUCAAAGCUUGUGUUUCGCUCAUACGUUGGGUAUGAAUGCUGAAUAAAGGACAGCUCCAGUUCGUCACAUGCCCGUCCAGGUCACCGGCGUCAGGAAGAGACUGGUUUUGGUGGCUUGGAAUAUGGGGGCGAACACACGGGGGCCUCGGGUACGAGCAGCAGAACUGUCACGGAGCCCGGCUCAGCCCGUCCAGUUACUGCAGCCAAGCCUUCAGUGUCCACACACACACACACACACACACACACACACACACACACACACACACACACACACACACACACACACACACACACACACACACACACACACACACACACACUCUGGGUGGCAUCAGAGUGGACUGAGCUUCAUCAGCAGAGCCCAGGUAGUUGCCCGCUGCCGUCUCUGCUAUGGAUGUGGCCGUUUACAGACCAAAGAUGUUUUUUUUUCAUGGUUUCUAACGUUAAAACUCACUUUUGAUGGGGAAACAAUUUGUAUAUGUACAAAUGUAUUGUAUAUAUACGCAUUACUAAGUGCCUAUUGCCUCUCAGGAGGCGAAGACAGCGAUGAGAAGGCCUUUGUGAAUUAGCCCACGCGGUGUUUCUAGUCAGGCACACGAGGCGCUGAGGAGGUGAAUGUACGCGCGGACUCGCGCACGCAGAGUCUUUGAACAUGUCCGGACGCCAAAGGGCUCCAUUCACGAGUCCAGUGUGUGACUGACGUGUCGUUGCAACGUUCGCAUUUCUCACGUGGAUAUUUUCAGACCUAAAUUUGUCUCCUCUGAGUGAUGUGAACAUGACCUGUAUCAAUAGUGCUAUUGUUUAGGUCUAAUGGUGAAGAGUGUCAAGCAUUAUCAGAUCAUCAGCAGCAAAACUCACACACACACACACACACACACACACACACACACACACACACACACACACACACACACACACACACACACACACACACACACACACACACAGUAUUUCCUGUAUAUUUUGUACAGCGGUGCUUUUUUUCAUCUGAGAAAAAACAGAUCAGAAGAAGUUGCCAGGAGAGAGAGAGGGUGAGAAAAGGCGGCGUUCACAGACACCCUGUGCUGCUCGCGCUUCCUCCUGCAGUUCAAGAAUAUUUGCUGACAGGCCUCAGAUGACGAGACACUAUUUGCUGUAGCACCCUGGCAGGGAAUUCCUCAGCGGCUGCCGAAGAGCUCGAGAGCCUCACGGGGCCCGGGCUGCGCAGACGCUCUCUCUCUCUCUCUCUUCGGGGCACAGGAAAUGCUGUGCCAAACGCUUUGGCGGCUCGUCCGGCUGCCCUGAAGCCUCCUGAGGCCACCGGUUUGUGUAGAACAGAGUAGGAGAGGGGAGAGAGUUAUAGGAGAGGCUGCUGAAAGGCUGAGUGUUCUGGUUAAAAGGCAGGAGUGACUCAGCCUGGAGAGAUGGGUGCAGCUGGUGAUGGGGUUCCUGUCUCCACGGCCGCCGUGCUUCACUGUGCAAACCCACACCAGAACCAGCGCCAGCGCUGCAGCUUCUCCCAUCAGGCCCUGAUUUGAUAAAGUUCCUUUAUCGAUGCUUAUUAAUGGUUUUGCGCUUCGUUCCACUCACACACACAGACACACACACACGUGUAUAUAGAAAUGCUUAUGAUUACACGCUUCAGCUUUAUCAAUGCAAUUAAUCCUCACAAAGCAGCCUGACUGGUGAUUUUAAGCUUUUACAACCAGCAUCAUUUCAGUAGUUUUCAUACAAAUAUUAAAUGCUCUCACAGACGAGGCGGCUCUUUCUUCUCCUCUGUUGCCUAACUCUGGCCAUACGUAACCGCUCCGUUCAUGUUUUCUACCCCCUCAGUGUGUCCACGUCGACGGCAUCCUUUGGAUUGUGCAGGCCGUGUAUGUGUGUCGUCUUAUUCUCAGUGAAGUCCCAGCAGCUGACCAGCUAGUGAGCUCCCGUCUGCCUGUCAGUUAGUGAUUGUGCCUAUCAGCUGAGAUUGUGGGUUUCAUGGAUUGUCUCGUAUGCGUAUCCGUCUCUGUUCAUGCAGUCUUUUGCAAAUCACACUUUGAAAAAGAAAGAAAAAAGAUCUUUGUCUUGUAUGUAUAUUUUUAAUGAUUGUUAUUUUUAUAAAUGUUUCAGCCACUGCGGAUGUUGCAGUGCUUUUGAAUCUGUGAUCGGGCUUCAAAGGAUAUGUUCUCAAUAGCUUUUUUGCUAUGUUCUGUUAUGUGUCCAAUGGGUCAAAAGAUGUUUUCAUCAAUAAAAUUUCUUAAAAGGUU